AUUUCUAACUGGUCAGUGGCGCCAGAAAGAUGAAUUUAGAGCUUCUGGAAUCGUUUGGGCAGAAUUUCCCAGAGGAUUUUGAUGGCACUUUGGACUGUGUGAGUAUUGCUAUCACUUGUGCCUACAAUAGACAGGGGACACUACUCUCUGUUGGUUGUAAUGAUGGAAGGAUUGUCAUCUGGGAUUUCCUGACAAGAGGAAUUGCCAAAAUCAUUAAUGCUCAUGUCCAUCCAGUGUGUUCUCUAAGCUGGAGUCGGAAUGGACACAAGUUACUCAGUGCUGCUACAGAUAACACAGUGUCAGUAUGGGAUGUGAUGGCUGGAGAAUGUGACAAGACCUUCCGUUUCCCUUCUCCUAUAUUGAAAGUGCAGUUUCACCCCAGAAACAGCAAAAAAUUCCUUGUUUGUCCUAUGAAACACCCUGCUGUCAUGAUGUCUAUUGACGGAACCCAUUCGACUAUACAGAUGGAUGAUGAUUCUGAUCUGAAUAUUGUGGCAGCCUUUGACCGACGUGGAAAACAUAUUUACACAGGCAAUGCCAAAGGACGGGUGCUUGUUUUUCCAAUUAAAGAUCUCAGCAAGAUGGUGGCUUCUUUCCGUGUAACAACAGGAACAUUAAAUACCACAGCCAUCAAAUCUAUAGAGUUUGCCCGCAGGGGAGAAUGUUUUCUAGUCAACUCUGCAGACCGUAUCAUCCGUGUCUAUGAGAGUCGAGAGGUCCUGACUUUCGGAAAAGAUGGAGAACCUGAACCAAUACAGAAACUACAGGAUCUUGUAAACAAAACCUUAUGGAAGAAAUGCUGUUUCUCAGGCGAUGGCGAAUACAUUGUGGCUGGAUCAGCACGACAGCAUUCUUUAUACAUAUGGGAAAAAAGUGUAGGCAAUCUUGUCAAAAUUCUCCACGGAACAAAAGGCGAACUGCUUCUUGAUGUGGUGUGGCAUCCUGUGCGUCCUAUCAUUGCAUCCAUAUCUAGUGGACUUGUGUCAAUAUGGGCUCAGAAUCAAGUGGAAAACUGGAGCGCCUUCGCCCCUGAUUUUAAGGAACUUGAUGAGAAUGUUGAGUAUGAAGAGAGAGAGUCAGAAUUUGAUAUUGAAGAUGAGGAUAAAGAAAAGGAGGAAGCAAAAGGGCCUGAUGAAGAGGACAUUGAAGUCGACGUCACCACUAUAGAACCGAUACAAGUGUUUAUUUUAGAAGAGCCUCCACCAGCGGAGAAGAAACGCCUUGCCCCAGCUUCCGAUCAUGCACCAUCACCAAAGAAAAAGAAAUUCAAAUCUGUAGAUGUAGAUCUCCCUAAUGCUCCAAUGGAUGAAAUACAUCCCUUGUUGAAUGUCAAAAAACCAAAUGAAAAGAAUGCAGGAAAGAAAUCUCGUCCCAAGCAAAGACCUCCAAAAGAAAAAUCUAAACACAAGGAGAAGUUAAAGGAAGAUUUUUUCUGAGAUGAAGAUGUUGUGUGCUGGAAAUAUGUAGAUAAGUACCAGUCAUCGCCUAUCGAACAUGGACACAGCAGGUGGCCUUCAGGUCCAAAUGAUUCAGAAGAAACGGGCCCAUUGAGGAAGGCAGCCAAACAUACAACAUCAGUGGUCUCGUGGAGAAGUUUUCACAGUCAAAGUCUAUACCAAACUGUUCUUGCUUGCACUUGAUUAGCUAUGAAUGUCAUAGUUGUAUAGCUGUUGUUCCAUAUGUACAGAUACUGGUGUAUAUUUGUGUACAUUUGAUGUAUGUAAUAUGCAAAUCCAAUAAAUAUUGUAAAUAUCAA